AUGUAAAAUACUUAAUAACCAUAAGCAAAUACUGAAUAGCCAUAAGCGAAUACUGAAUAACCAUAAAUAAAUACAAAAAGAUGUUGUUUACUAACAAUAGGUAUGGCUGGUAGUGGAAAAACAACAUUUGUCUAAAAAUUAGUAGAGAACUUUUUAUACAAAAAAGGUGAUCCAUCAUAUAUAUUAAAUCUUGAUCCAGCAGUAUAAUUUCUACCAUAUACUCCAAACAAUGAUAUAAGAUAAACAAUAGACUAUAAAAAAUUAAUGAAAGAACAUUAAUUAGGUCCUAAUGGAGCAAUUAUGACAGCUUUAAAUUUAUAUUGCGCAUAAAUAGAUAAAGUAAUUUAAAACAUUGAAAAUUUACCAAAUUUAUCUGAAUAUGUAGUUGUAGACACCCCAGGAUAAAUAGAAGUUUUUACCUGGAGCGCUUCAGGUAGUAUAAUAACUUAAGCUUUAUAAUACUCUAUGCCUACAGUAUUAUUAUAUGUUAUUGAUCUAGCAAGAUGUCAAAACCCAAAUAGUUUUAUGAGCAAUAUGAUGUUUUGUUGUAGUAUUUUCUAUAAAAUGAAACUUCCAAUGGUUUUAGUCCUUAAUAAAGAAGAUGUGUCUGACAAAGAUAAAAUAUUUUAAUGGAUUUAAGAUUAUUAAACAUUGAUGGUAUACAUUUAUAGUUUAAAUUUUUAUUUUUUAUAAUAAAAAGGAUGAAUUUUAAUACUAUGAUAAUUAUCUUUCUACUUUAAGUAAAUCUAUGGUUCUUAGUUUAGAUGAAUUUUAUAAUUAAUUAAAGGUUGUUGCUGUUAGUUCUAUAAAAGGAACAGGAUUUGAUAAAUUAAAUGAAGCAAUAUAAUAUGCAAAAGAAGAAUUU